AUGCUUCUCGUGUGUUUUGCACUUCCAUGUGUAGCAAUCGAGAGAUGUCUUGCCACUUGGUUGGUCAGAGACUAUGAACAGAAAUCGAGGGCAUUUAUAUCGGUGACUCUGAUCCUCAUAUCGGAAAUUCUAGCCACGAUUGGAGCAUAUACUGUAACUUUUAAAAUAGUUGGAGUAUUCUAUAUGGCUGUGACUGCUGGAGUCUUGCAAACGGUUUCAUAUGGGAUAGUGAGAGUAGCGCAGCAACGGACAAAAUAUAUCAAGAAGAAAUGUGAGAGAAGCCAUCAAUUCUAUAGUUUAUCAGUGAAAUUUCAGAUAACUGAGAAUGUGAAAUCAUUUCGGGUAAUUCACAUUCUUGUUGUGGAAGUUGCUCUGAUGAUUCUAACUGCAUCGAUUACGAUUGCAUUAGCAGGACUAAAUUUGAAACCCAUUAUUCAUCUGUACUGCAGUAUUCUGCAUCAAACCGCACUGGUUCAGAAGACUACUCCGUCUGAUUCCGUUCCGCCUGAAGCAUAG